GAGAGAAGGUAAUUGUGAAAGAAGCCAGUGGGAAGGUGUUCCUGCAAUGUGUAACAGGCAGCCAAAGUCAAGUCAUAUGGCUGAAAGAUGGGAACAGGAUAGGAGACACAACACAGCUGGACUUGGGUGCAGUUUACAAUGAUCCCAGAGGCAUCUAUACAUGUGAAACGGAAAGCGACAAGAAAAGCAGCUCUCUCCAGGUGCACUAUCGAAUGUGCCAGAACUGCAUCGAAGUGGACGCUCCCACCAUCUCGGGGAUCGUGAUCGCAGAUGUCAUUGCCACCGUCUUCCUGGCGGUCGCUGUGUAUUGCAUCACUGGCCAUGACAAGGGACGCAUGUCGCGAGCUUCUGACAGGCAGAACCUGAUCGCCAACGAGCAGCUCUACCAGCCCCUUGGCGAGCGGGACGAUGGACAGUACAGCCGGCUGGCACCUGCCAAGGCCCGCAAGUGA